CAGGUUUGUUUCCAGAUCACAGAGACGAUGCUGUUGAAAGGAACUGCUUAACCCCCCACAAUGCCCUUUUCUGACUUUGUCUUAGCACUGAAAGACAACCCGUACUUUGGGGCUGGGUUUGGCCUCGUAGGGGUGGGCACAGCCCUGGCGUUAGCCCGGAAGGGGGCUCAGUUUGGACUGGUGGCUUUCAGACGCCAUUACAUGAUCACCUUGGAGGUGCCCAGCAAGGAUAAGAGCUACCACUGGCUGCUGAACUGGAUCUCACACCAUGCCAAGCACACGCAGCACCUGAGUGUUGAGACAUCAUACCUGCAGCAUGAAAGCGGGCGCGUCAGUACCAAGUUCGACUUUGUCCCCAGCCCUGGGAACCAUUUCAUCUGGUAUCGGAGGAAGUGGAUUCGCAUUGAGCGGAACCGGGAGAAGCAGAUGAUCGACCUGCACACUGGGACCCCUUGGGAGUCUGUCACCUUCACUGCUUUGGGCACCAACCGGGAGAUCUUCUUCAACAUCCUCCAGGAAGCCCGGGAGCUGGCUCUGCAGCAGCAGGAGGGAAGGACAAUCAUGUACACGGCCAUGGGAGCAGAGUGGCGGGGGGGGGGGGUCCCCCGUCGCCGCCGCCCCCUCAGCUCCGUGGUGCUGGAGGAAGGUGUGUCGGAGAGGCUGGUCCAGGACGUGAAGGAGUUCAUCGAGAACCCCAAGUGGUACAGCGAGAGAGGGAUCCCAUACCGAAGAGGCUACCUGUUGUACGGUCCACCCGGCUGUGGGAAGAGCAGCUUCAUCACAGCCCUGGCCGGGGAGCUGCAAUACAGUAUCUGCCUGCUGAGCCUCAGCGACCGCAGCCUCUCUGAUGACCGGCUCAAUCACCUCCUGAGCGUGGCACCACAGCAGAGCAUCAUCCUUCUGGAGGAUGUGGACGCUGCCUUCGUCAGUCGGGACCUUGCUGCUGAGAACCCUGCUGUGUACCAAGGCAUGGGGCGUCUGACCUUCAGCGGCCUCCUCAACGCCCUGGAUGGCGUGGCCUCCACAGAGGCCAGGAUUGUCUUCAUGACCACCAACUACGUGGACAGGCUGGACCCAGCCCUGGUGCGGCCCGGGCGCGUGGAUCUCAAGCAGUACGUGGGCCAUUGUUCCCGCUGGCAGCUUGCCUGCAUGUUCCAGCGCUUCUAUCCUGAGCAGCCCCCGGCUGCAGCUGAGUGUUUUGCACAGGAGGCACUGGCAGUCUCCGAUCAGAUCAGCGCUGCCCAGGUGCAGGGCCACUUCAUGCUCUACAAGACAGACCCCAGAGGAGCCAUUGAAAAUAUACACUCCAUCCUGCUGUGACCACGGAUGUGCCCUGCUCUGCCACUCUGUGAGGCCUGAGAACUUCUGGGGCAAGGACUUGACCAUCCUGGGGAUACUGUGGAGCUGCCCAGGCACACAGGCCAGGUCUCUUGUUCAUCUCUACCUCACCAAGGCCUUGGCUUUUUAUUAAAACAUACAGAGAGUCGGAGGUGCCAGUCCUGCAGCAGGGUAAUGGGAUCGGCUCUUGCUGCUCCCUGACUUUGGUGUUAAUACGUUGGCCCCACUCACCAGAGAGCCUUGUGCUGGGAUUGUUGUAAUCUGCCAAGGCUUCUGGAUGUGAAACCAUGGCAAGUCAAUCCCUUUGACUGGCGUUUUCCUGAGGCAAGACAUUGUGAUGCUACCGUGCUGAAGAGAGCUGCAGAUAGGAGAGGUCUGUAAGGAGAGGUCUUCAGCAGAAUAGUCUGCGCUGUCUUGUGAAUGUCCUCUGUGAAACGUACAACGUGGCUCUUUG